UCGUCCACUCAGCAGUCUCACUGUACGACAAGGAAAUCCGUCAGGAUCAGAGGUGUCAGUAUGAGGAUGCUCUUAGGGUUCCUCCUGUGCACCAUGGUGCAUCUGCUGAACUUUGGGACCUGCACUGCAGUGAGAUCAGAGUUGAGGAUCACAACCAUUAAGCAAGACCCGUACACCAUGUCCAAAGGCUCCCAGCUGGAGGGCUACUGCAUGGACCUGCUGUCGGAGCUCUCCAAGAAGCUCGGCUUCAAAUACAGCGUUCACCUGGUGAAGGACAACAACUACGGGCGUCAGGAUGACAAUGGCGACUGGAACGGCAUGAUAGGAGAGGUGGUGAGAGGGGAAGCUGACCUGGCUAUUGCUCCCCUGACCCUGACCGCGGCGAGGGAGAAGGCUGUGGCCAUGACCAAGCCAUUCAUGCAGACAGGAAUCAGCAUUCUGCUGAAGAAGGACAUCGUGGAGGAAGCCGGCUUCUUUGACUUCCUGAGUCCCUUCUCAGCAGAGACCUGGGGGGGCAUUCUCCUGGCCUACCUGGGAACCUCUGCCUGCAUCUUCAUUGUAGCCAGACUGAGCCCAUGUGAAUGGAGCCAGCCCCAGACAGAGGAGAACAGCUUCACCCUGCUGCACAGCCUGUGGUACACUGCUGGAGCCCUCACCUUACAAGGUGCCGGGCCCCACCCUAAGGCUCUGUCCGGACGGGUCAUCUGCUGCACCUGGUGGAUGUUUGCUCUCGUGCUCCUGGCCUGCUACUUCUCCAACCUGAGCUCCUCCCAGUCCUCUGACUCCACUUCCCUGUCGGUGAAAGGGUUUGAGGACUUGGCCAACCAGGAAGCGAUUGAGUUCGGGACCCUGGCUGGUUCCUCGACGCUAGCUUUCUUCAAGAACUCAAACAAUCCAGCCUAUCGCAGGAUCUACGAGCACAUGGAGAGAAGCAAGAGUUUUGUCUCGUCCAUGGACGAGGGUGUCCGGCGAGCCAGGGAGGGCAACUAUGCCUUUAUUGGGGAGUCUGUCUCCCUUGACCUGGCGGUGGCCCGCCACUGUGACCUUGUGCGAGCCCACGAGGUCAUCGGGAUGAGGGGCUACAGCAUCGCAGCCACAAUAGGCUCUCCCUUACUAAAGAACCUGAGUGUGGCCAUCCUGCAGCUGAGUGAGGCUGGGGAGUUGGCCUACCUGCGCAGCAAGUGGUGGGCCAGCAGCUGCGUGACCGACACGGCCAAAGCCUCGGCCCUGCAUCCCCACAGCCUCAAGGGGAUGUUCCUGAUUCUGGGCCUGGGCCUGGGGCUGGGGGUCCUGCUGGCUCUCCUGGAGCUCACCUCCAAGACCCGGAGCAGUGCUGGGGAGCAGAGGAAGUCCUGCUGUACUGUUUUGUCUGAUGAACUGAGUCAGCGUCUGAGGAGCAGCAAUGUGAACAGGACCCUGGAGGACAAGGCUUGAGAGGCCACACUCACCACACUCACCACACUCACCUCCAUAUAAACAUACUAACAUGACACAUGCACUUGGAUGUUUUCCUAUUCAGUAUAGAUAGACCUGGGGGUUGAUCGUGCAGGUGUACAACUGGAGCAAGUCUAUGAUAAUACUCAAAUUCUGAAUUAUACUGAUCUUUCAAAAUACAUCCUUACUGGGAUUUCACCUUUUAAAGUAUUGCUGACCUCCUUUGAGGGAUGGACAUUAAGAGUUUAUUCAUCGGGUUGUGGCUGCAAAAUAGUGCUCUUGUAUUUCACUGUAGGGAUGCUGUAAUUUGUUUAGAGCUAACCAAGUGAAAAUGACAUGAGUCUUGCAACUGAAAAUACGUCAAAAAGAAUUUAAUGGUUUUGUCGCUGAGAUGAUGAAUCCCUAACCUACUAAAUAUUAUGUUUUUGUCAAUUAACAAAACUACAGUUUGUUCAAAGGAAAACAUGUAGAAGAGCAUUUGAAUGAGAACCAUGUGAAUCGUUACUGAUACAAUUUUCAUUGCUGAAUUAGAUGCGAGUUAAAUACAAAAAAUGUAAUAUAACAGAGUACUAGUUUUGGUGUUGGGUAUUCG